UUUCUCAUCACUGUAUCUUCUUUCUGAAUCUCAGUUCGUAUUUCAUUGCACAAGUAAAUGAACGUAGUGCGACUUACACAAAAGUUUUCAAUCCAGUCAUUCUCAGAAAAUACAUUCAUGACCAUCUCAUCCCACCAAACUCCACUCCUCUCCUUGGACCAAAGCACUUUACCAGGCUUCAUUAUUGUGUAACUGUAUGCAGUGGUAAGUAUCAGAGCAAACAGCAUCCUCUCUCUGGCUUGCUUGGCAGCAAACAACCUGAAUCUCUUAAUCCUAUUAACUCUCCUCCUUUCAGCCAAAGCAGCACGUUUCUUUGCUAAAAUGUGUUUCUUAAGAAGCACAGCUAAAAUCAAUGCUUUCCCCAUUUUAAAUCAGGCUUUUGUGACUAUAGCUAGACGCUGUAACUAUAGCUACCCGUGUUAAUAAGGCAUGCAUUGUGCUAGUUUUACAAUAGUUAUCUCUAAUUUAGCUCCUAUCUUUCUUGGUUUUUCUUCUCUUCUUUAGCAACUCUGGACCACCAUUUUAGUUAGAAAACGCCUUCUAAACCACUUCCGUUUACACGUCCAUUGUGAUUAAACCACAAGUUUAUAUUACGUGUGGACACAAUCUUAAACCAGUUACAAUGCGCUUUACAAUGAAGCGGUUUGUCGUGUAAACGGGGUUUAUGACUCACUAUCAACCAGCGGAGAGGUGGGAACACUCCACUGUACGGGUAGGAGACACCUGUACAUGUGGGGUGGGGGCCAGCCUUAUCUUCCUAAAGUACAUAAUAAUGAAAAGAAGAAAUCAAUGUGUUCUGUGAUGGAGGUGUGUCACCUAAGGACUGGUAGGUGGGAGCAGAAACCCACCACUGGUAACCCUCCACUGGGUGUUAAUGGCUAUGCAGCUUCUGCCAUUGGAAGGGAAAUAUUUUAUUUCGGAGGAUGGUGUCGUCAUGAUGACUGUUAUCAUAAUAGUUUAUACAGUUUUAAUGUUGAUACCUUCAAUUGGAAGGAACUCUCUCCUACUACAUCUCAUCAUGGUCCUAUGAUGAAGUACCACUGUGACAUGAUAGCAAUAAAAGUGAACGGUGAGGACUAUCUUAUAGUAAUUGGAGGAUAUGGACCAUCUUUUAAUAAUACACCCAAACAACCUGGUGCCCAGUACAGUGGUAGUAAGACUAAUGAGAUCAAUUUCUAUAAACUCUCAACAGGACAAUGGAUAUCACCGACUGUCACUGGAGACAGACCACCUCCUAUUCACAACUUCACUUUAACAUCAAUUAAUAAUUCCAGUGCUAUAUUAUUUGGAGGUAACACUGCUAAUGGAGACAGUAGCAAUGUAUAUAUUCUUAAUUUUAUUGAUACAUCAGUGGUGAGUGUAUUAUUAGUAUAA